GCGGCCACCGCUGGCGGCGUAGCCAUUGGAUCAGCUGUUGGCCACACCAUCGGACACGCGAUGACCGGUGCGUUCAGCGGCGGCUCUGACAAUGAGGCCCAACAGCAACAACAGGCGCCUCCACCGCAAGCGUACGGCCAACAGGGCUACGAGUCUCAGCCGAUGGGCCAGCAGUCGGGUCCCAACGCCUGUCAGUUUGAGAUGAAGCAGUUCCUCGACUGCACCCAAGCCUACGAUCUGUCCCUUUGCGAGGGUUUCAACGAAGCGCUCAAACAGUGCCGACAAACCAAUCCCGGGGCCCGUCUCUGA